AUGGGCUGUGAAUGUCAAAUUUUGUCCUUGACUUCUAAUCAGAGACUGAUAAAUACCUCGGUAUUAUGUGGACCCAACAGCCAGUCAAUGACAUUAACUGAUAUGGCCAAUUGAAUUGAUCAAUUACGUGCCCAAGAAAUGUAAUCCUCCACUAUUAAGAUGUGUGUCUGUUCCUAUGUGCUGUCGUAUGCUAAUGUCCAUCCUCCCCUUUCUCACAGCCAAGGCUGCCUUCCUUAACGCCCUCCGUGGUGUGGGCCCUGAGGAUGAAGGGGCCGCCCUCCCCCUCUCCCCCACCCCUCCAGAGGAUCUGGCCAUCUACCCCACCCCAAACACCCAGACUUCUGCCUGUGUGACCUGCCACCCGUCCCAGCAGCCUUGCCCUUUGACCCGUAAGCUUACAUGGGGCGAGUCAAGUUCCUGCGGUACAACGUGGUGGUCAUGGCGUUCACUCAGAGUCUCCAGCACACAGCGUGGUGGUGAUCCUGGAGGCCCUCUCGGUGCAGAGGGACAUAGUGUACUUAGCCUUGCUGGCCUUCGAGAUGGACACGGAGAAAAGCCUGGAAGAGAGGAGGGAGGCCAGCCUGGAGGCGCGGAAAGCCAAGGGGGUGGCCCUGCCUACGGUUUUCCGUAGGGGGUGGGCGGUCGCCUCGCUCUUUGGUGGGAUGUCAGCCAUUCCUGUGCCCCUGGUGGCCUUGUAUGGUGGACAUCAGCGUGGGUGUGAGGAUUCUCACCAAGACCAAGGCCUUGCUCUGUUUAGAGGACGAGUCCGUGGAACUGUUGGCAGGGCAACAUGGCAUGGACCCUAUUUCAUGAACAUGAUUAACGGUGUUUGCGUUUUGUUUUCUAGAUGUGGAGAAACCCUCUGUGGCCCAUCUCUGGUAG